UUUCUUAAUUUACUUCUGUAUUCUGUAUGUUUUGUUAUCCAAGUUUAUCGCUUGUGACCUUUUUAUAUUUUAUAAAAGCAUAAUCAUUCAAGAGUAGUUUAAUUUCGUACAUUUAUCAUUGAGUUAUAUACUAGUAAUUAUAAACUUGCGUUGCAAUGGCAACAGGUGGUAAAAUAGCAUUAUUAUCAGUCUCAAACAAAUUGGGAUUAGUAGAAUUUGGUAAGAAUUUACACAAUCUUGGAUUCACUUUAGUGGGAAGCGGUGGUACUGCUGCUAUUUUAAGAGAUGCUGGUCUUACAAUCAAGGAUGUUUCUGAUAUUUCUGGAGCACCAGAAAUUCUUGGUGGCAGAGUGAAAACAUUACACCCUAUAGUACAUGGAGGAAUUCUAGCAAGACUUUCACCUUCAGAUCAAGAAGAUCUAAAAAAACAAAAAAUUGAAAUGAUAAGAAUAGUAGUGUGCAAUUUAUAUCCAUUUGUAGAAACAGUUUCGAAUCCACAAGUAACAUUAGAUGAUGCAGUUGAAAAUAUUGAUAUUGGUGGAGUAACAUUAUUACGAGCAGCAGCCAAAAAUCACCAAAGAGUUACAGUAGUAACAGAUCCUAAUGAUUACUCUCUUGUUAUACAAGAGCUUAAGAAUAAUCCAGGAAAAGAUACUUCUUUACAAACUAGGCAAACUUUGGCAUUAAAAGCUUUCACACAUACUGCUGAAUAUGAUGCCGCUAUUUCAGAUUAUUUCAGAAAAGAAUUUUCUAGCGGUAUAUCUCAAUUAACAUUAAGAUAUGGUAUGAACCCUCAUCAGAAACCCGCACAACUUUUUACAACACUUGAAAAACUACCAUUAACUGUCGUCAAUGGAUCACCAGGCUACAUUAAUUUAUGUGAUGCACUUAACGGUUGGCAAUUAGUAAAAGAACUAAAAGCGUCUUUAGGUCUACCAGCAGCUACCAGCUUCAAACAUGUUUCUCCUGCGGGUGCUGCUGUAGGUGUUCCUUUGGAUCAGAGUCAAGCUAAAGUUUGCAUGGUUGAUGAUCUUCUAGAAAAACUAUCGCCACUAGCUAUUGCUUAUGCUAGAGCAAGAGGAGCCGAUAGAAUGUCUUCUUUCGGUGACUUUGUAGCUCUUUCAGAUAUUUGUGAUCAACCUACAGCACGUUUAAUAUCCAGAGAAGUAUCAGAUGGAAUCAUUGCUCCGGGUUAUACACCUGAAGCCCUCGAAUUAUUAAGAAAAAAGAAAAAUGGAAACUACUGUGUUUUGCAGAUUGAUCCGAAUUAUGUUCCAAAUCCAACAGAAAAAAAGAUCCUUUUCGGACUAACUUUAGAACAACAAAGAAAUAACGCCGAAAUAAAUAAAACGUUAUUUUCAAAUAUUGUAUCCGAAAAUAAGACUCUUCCCGAUUCUGCUAUUAGAGAUCUUAUUGUCGCCACCAUAGCCCUCAAAUAUACACAAAGUAAUUCAGUUUGUUACGCUAAAGAUGGACAAGUUAUCGGUAUUGGUGCUGGUCAACAAUCUAGAAUCCAUUGCACAAGAUUGGCUGGCGAUAAAGCUGAUAAUUGGUGGUUAAGACAACAUCCCAAAGUGCUUAACAUGAAAUUCAAGAAAAGUGUUAAAAGGGCAGAUAUUUCUAAUGCAAUAGAUAAUUUCGUUAAUGGAACUGUAGGUAAAGAUAUGGAUAGAGCUACAUUUGAAGCAAUGUAUGACGAAGUACCUAUAGAGCUAACACCAACUGAAAGGCAUACGUGGCUUAGUAAUUUGACUGGAGUUGUUGUAGCUUCCGAUGCCUUCUUUCCAUUUAGGGAUAACGUUGAUAGAGCAAGACAAAGUGGAGUCUCGUACAUCGGUAGUCCCUCUGGAUCUACUAAUGACGAAGAAAUAAUUAAAGCAUGCAAUGAACACAAGAUUGUUUUAGCUCACACAAACUUACGUUUGUUUCACCAUUGAUUUUGGUCCAAUUAUUAAAUUUAUUAUUCUUUUGUUUUUAAUAAACUUCUUUUUGUAAUCAUGCAUAUUUUUAUUCUACUUUCUAUAAAAAUUUAAGGAUAAACUGAUUCAUACAAGGCAUUUGGAUGAAAUAUAAUUUUUUGUACAUGGUAUUUAGUAGAUUACUAUAGUAAUUGCUUGGUAGAGGGUUGUAUAAAGAGUAUAACAUUCAAUAAUAACCAUAUGUGUGCUUAUUUAGAUGAAUAAAGGAAUAGUAUAAUUCA